GAAAUCGGAUCACUUGCAAUGGUCGCCGAGUGCUCUGCAGAUGACAUGACAUUGACAAACCACGUACACCACGCGCAAAGCUCUAGAACACGGAGUGCGAGCCCAAGACUUCUUGUCUGCCAUUAUUCAGGAGAGGGAAUGCAGCACGUCAACACCAGCAUCUUUGCUUUGUAUCGAGCAUUUGCGAGGAACAAACAAAUGGGCCCAAUUUAGUCGAUCAUGGUCGAUGGCCAUUCGCACAUCAUGGCCCCCAGGAGCGAAUAUACUUAAAGGGGCUCUAGUCCGCGCAGGCGGCAUCGUCGCGACCAACAACUAUGCGUUGGCCACAGGCGCUCUUUCUGUUGGUCUUGCCGGCCCUUCACGCUCAUUCAACAACCUCAGGUCACACUCACGCAAAGCGAACGCCAGAAGACCUCAAGCAGGAAAUGACAGUCAAACGAUGGCACUUGCCAAUCGACGUCCCUCCUACGUUGAACUGUGGUGGUUUUGGCUACAACUACAAUUUGACAAAAGCGCAGAUGGAAGCAGCAUCGACGAACGGAUGGGAGAAAAUCCUCUUACCAGAAAUACAUCUGCGAAGCCACUGUAUGACUGUCGGUCCUGGAGAUUAUCACAAGGUGAGACUAUUGCACAAUCAAGGUAUCAUGCUGACAACUCAGAUUAAGCUGUCGAUCAAGAAUUCGGGGGUUUUCACGGUUAUUGGCCAUGGAACAGGCAAGGAAAAGCUGAGGUACUGCCACUCAAACUUUGUACCUGUGGACACGUCAGACGAUGAUCCAGAAACGCCACUCCUCAGGUGUAUCGAAGCCAAAGGUCCGCAUCGGUUCCCCAGUCUGAUGGGCGACUUGUGGCCCAGAAACGCCACCCGCUUCCCAUCCUUCCAGUUCAAGAGUUUGACGUGCCCAUCGCUUGAUGGAACGCCGAUUGUAAUCCAACGACAUGAAUUGGGCAUGACUACCCUGGAUGACUCUGUUGAACCACAAUGGGUUAGGAUAGGUCCUAACAAAGACUAUGAGUAUGAAAUCACUGAAAAGUGUCGUGGAAUUGAAGGACGGCUCUAUCUAGUUUGUCUCUCCCUUGGUGUCAUCUUUGCUGACUUUCUAGCUCAAGGGUAUUUACAACAAUGCCAACAUCCGGGCAUACGCUACCGACAAAUAUGACCCCACGACACACUUCUUCCCCUCGACCCUGUGUGCAGUGUGGUACUGGCCCUUUGAGCAGGCAGAAACUCCAACUGGGCCCUGUCAACUCAAUUAGUAAUACGAGUCGUCUUGUGGUCCACUCGGAUACGGUCCAUUGACCAUUGAUGUUUCUCCUUUCACAGGUUGACCUACACUCUACUGUGCUGGCUUCCUUAGCCAGGCUUACAAGAUCUUUCCCCAAAACAGAGCUGUUCAUUUUACUGUCGAGCUCUCUGACUCCUUUUAUUAAUUGUCAACCACAUUUCAUUAGGGGUUUCGAUUAUCUUUGCAAUUUUCCUGCUGUUCACUUACGGGUCACAGCUGCGCUUUUACGCAUGCACAUCCAUCGACUAUUCCCUAGAAGAAUAGAGCUUUACUCUCAGCCUGAUCUGUUGAAC